AGGCCAAAGCAACCAAAAAGGGCUUGGAAGAGGAUUCCCACAGGGCACAGGUGACAAGCUGGCACCCUGGGCGUGGCGGAGUUGCUUCGCGCGCCAGCCCGCAGCAGGACAGUGGUGCGGAGGCCGGGGGCUCGCAUGCGCCAGGCUUGGUUGUUGGUGAGUGCUGGCAGGACUGGCUCGCCAAGAGCCGCGAGGAGGUGGAGGGCUUCAAGAAGGCCCAGGUGUCCAGUUGGGCAGAGGCUGUGCUGAUCGAUGGUGGGCUGGAAGCAGACCACGAGCUCAUCCAGCAAACGGUGACCGCACUGCAGCAGCAGGGCGUCACGGGCAAGUCCCUGCUGGAGCUCACGCUGGAGCAGAUGAUGCAGGAUGGCAUCCCCCGUGGCCCGGCAGUGCUGCUGACCAAGAAGAUCCGGCUAUUGCAGGAGCCCGAGGACCUACUGGCCAUCAUGGCGAACUCAGAGCACACCGUGGAAGGCUUGCUACGCCUUCGAGCCUGCCUGAAAGAGAAACAGCCUGCCAGUGUUCAUGGCGAGCCAAACAAUGGCGAGUUUCAGGCUCGGCGUUUGGAGUCCCAGGGGUUUUUGAAUAGGGUCUCCAAGAUGUUGGGGGAUCGAAGUCGCAGUGGCUCUUUGACCAAAGCAGACAGCCCGCUGCUGGAGUAUGCCACCAUGAGUGGCGCUGGCAAGUCACGUUGGGGCUUUGAGGUGGAACGCUUGCUGAAGCGGAACCAAAGCUUCCAGUCUUACGCAGUAUCUCGCAUAGGGCUGAAUUUCAACGGUGGGACUGGUGGCGGGGAAGCUGAUGGCACAGAAACAGAAUAUCUUUUUGAGCAGCAGGGCUUUUCCUUGCAACAAAUCAUGGCCACACUACUUCUUGCUCGGGGGCUUUUGCAGUGCUCGCCAGACAGGUUUCGAGGGAAGGAGAAUUGGUUAAGGGCCUUGAGAGUCAACACAGUUCUUGAUGCAGUGUUCAAAAGCUUUGCACACAGCUCGGAAAGGAAGAGCAUCCUAGUUGUGCAUGUGGAUGAGCUUGCAUUGCUAUUGGAAGCCCGCAAGUUUGAUGACCGACAACUCAAAAACUUUGUGAACGUUUUGGCUGAAUACAACUGUCAGCAGAAUCCUUCGGGAUUGGUGGUGCCGGUCAUUACGCACACUGCGCCGGUGGAAUGGGAUCCAAGGCCGACUGUGAUACCGCUGGAACGCCUCAACCUCUUUCCGUUCAACUUUGCAGACUCCCAGAAGUUCUUGCCAGGCCUGAAUACAACUGGCUUGGAUUCCCGCCGUGCCAUCAGUGCCUGCGGAGGUCAUGCAGCGUUGCUGGUGGAGUUGCGCCGCUUCAUGCAACGGCAGUCUGGCGGACUUGGUGCACUGCUCACAUGCAACCGCGUCUCUCAACACAGAAAGUCUUUGCAAAGGAUUAAGCAGCUCGGAGCGACAUGCAACACCCUCGUUCGGGCAGUGCUUGUGCAAGACGCUGUUGAUGAAGACCAACUUCAAGAUCUGAGCCAACGUGGUCUUCUCUUCACUGAGGCGGAUGAUUUGACUGCGACCUGCCGCAUCACGGUACCAUACCCAUUUUUCUUGAACUUUUUGAUGCACUUGGAUCGGCCAGAGCGUUUCAAUCACCUGCGACACGAAAAUCCCACUGGCACAGACCGCCGCUGGAGUUCGAAGGCAUUCGAGGCACUUUGCGCAAUACGAGUGGCCAUUGACAUGGAUGGCUUUCCCUACGACCUGCCCUGCGAUCCUAGAGCAGCAGCGAUAGAAUUCGGAAGAGACGGGAAAUCUCGCGUGUGUCUUGCAGAGAGCGAUACGGAGCCGGGUGUGGACAGCAUCGGAUUCGACGGCAACACCAUGACCUUGGUUCAGAGUAAAUACCCAGAGGCUGAUACAACCCAAGAGUGGAAGGAAAUUAGGGAGUUCAUGAACUUCGCAAACACGACAGGUGUUGAUUGGGCCAAAUCAGCAAAUUGCACGAGGAUUUGUGCGAUCUUUGCCACUGGGAGGGCAUUCAGAAACUACGAAUCGGAGUUGCCAAUGGAGCUCAAGGUCCAGGAAGUGGUCAUCACUUACAUAAUUUACGCCAAGACUCAAACCAGCGGAGCUUGCGCAGUCCGGACAAAGCAGAUCGAUGAAUGGAUCCCUCCAGGACUCAUGUGUAUGUAACAGCAACAGAAGUUGCGCGUCUGUACUGCUCCUGUGGAAAAA